UUAUUCUUACAUUAUUCAACAUUAUUUCAAUUAGAUGAAACUAGCACCUUUUAGUGAAGAUGAACAGGCAUUGGAAAUAUUGAAAUUCUGUGACUAUUCAAUUAAAAUAUCCAAGGAAAUGGCUAUCAAUGGUACAGCCCCCCGACCUAUACGAGUGUACACAGAUGGGAUAUAUGACCUGUUUCACCUUGGACAUGCAAGACAACUAAUGCAAGCCAAAUAUCAAUUUCCGAACGUCUACCUCAUAGUCGGAGUGUGUAGCGACAAAAAGACCAAAGAGAAUAAAGGUCGGACAGUUAUGGAUGAAAACGAGCGCUAUGAAGUGGUCAGGCAUUGCCGUCAUGUGGAUGAAGUUGUUCCUGACGCUCCUUGGACGUUGGAUGACGAGUUUUUGGACAGACACAAGAUCGACUUCGUUGCUCAUGAUGAUGCCCCAUACGCAGCGAGCAGUAAUGACGACAUUUACGCGCACAUAAAAACAAAAGGCAUGUUUGUUGCUACCCAACGCACAGGUCAGUUCCAGAGUAAACGGCUUAGAUCAACAGUAAACUAUGGAAUAAAUAAAUCACAGCCUAUUCUUCUCCUAGAUACUGUCUCAACUUCUGAUAUAGUGGCGCGUAUUGUAAAAGAUUACGACGUUUACGCAAGGCGAAAUUUGGCACGUGGAUACUCAGCAGAACAGCUCAACCUUAACUUGAUUGAUCAAACAAAGUAUCUAGUAGAAGAUGAACUGGAAAAAGUUAAAGAAAAAUGGAAUGAAUGCCUUGAGUACUGGAAAAAGAAGUCAAAGGAUUUCGUUGGCAAUUUUGUCACCUAUCAUUUGGAAACACCGAACCCUCUUGAAAGUAAAGUACCUGAAGAAGAGAACAAGCCCUAAACCAAUACCUCAAUUGUAUUGGUUGUUUUUCUUUAUU